AUAUAAGGUCACGUCGCUUGCUUUAACUCCUCACCUCUCCACAAGAAGAGCAGCUGACCCCAAAGGAGACGCCAUGAGGAACACACUCGUGAGAAUGCUGGCCGCACUCAUGUGCACGCUGGCUGCUUUGGCCGACGUUGUGCCCGUUCAGGAUUUCGAUCUGCAGAGGAUGGCAGGCAAGUGGUACCUGGUUGGCAUGGCCACCAACGCCCCUUGGUUUGUAAGACAUAAGGCCACCAUGAAGAUGGGCACGGCCGUGGUCGUGGCGACCGACGGAGGGGACAUGGAUCUCACCUAUGCCCACCUUAAUGAUGAUGGUACCUGCUGGAGGGCAACACAUUUGGCCCAAAAAACAGACACUCCCGGACGCUUCACCUUCCACAGCCAAGUUUGGAACAACGACAACGACAUGAGCAUCGUGGACGUUCUGUAUGACAGCUUUGCUCUGGUGCACGUCAUUAAGACGAAGGAUGGCGUGUCCAACAUUGAGACCAAGCUUUACAGUCGCUCUCCGGAGGCCAGUGCGGCCAUCCAGCAGAAGUUCACAGACUUGUCUUUAGGGAGCGGAAUCCUGGCAGAAAACAUUGUUAUCCUCCCCAAGGCUGAUGAGUGUCCUGAGGCUUAAACAAUCCUCCUCCACCUUGCUCUCCGACGGCUUCCACCUCUGCUCCACCUGACGCAAUCAGACCACUUUAUUCCAACUGCAACGUAACCCCAGCAAAACUGCAAAGAAAGCAAUCGUUGAAUCUGUUCAAAAAUGUCACUUGUUUUGUAACAGCUGAUUUUUAAGCCAAUAAAAAUAAACCAAAUACAA